AAAGUUUAUUGUUACUGCUGAAUAAUGAAUAACGCCGAGUCCGCGCUUCAACGCCAAGCGCCAAGCGCCAAGCGUACUCCAGCCUCGGCGGAGUCCGGUCCACAGUGAAAAAAGCGCAGUACGCAGGAACGCGAUCGGUGUGAACUGACGCAUGUGUAAACCACACCCUGAGCACAAAGAACAGGCGCAGCGCCGCCGCCACACGCCCAGCGGACACUCGAGCCCUGACGCUUCGCCCGCGCCGGUCCCGAUGGCGGAGGAGGCAGACUUCGUGCGCUCCGUGCUGCCCGUUCGCGGCGCGUUCCCCGCGGAGGACUCUUCUUUGGCUUUGCCGCAGGAGGACAGACUCGCUCUCGCGGACGCACACCGGCUGAACCGACUCCAGCGACAAGUGCAGCUCACGCUCUCACGGAAAAGAAAGAAACCAAAACCGCCAGAGUCAUCUCUCUCAGAAAGUCUGUCCAGCUGUCACAUUUCAAGCAGUUCGUCUUUAGGAAGUCUGCACCUGAAGCGGGCGUUCUCCGUCAAUCAGGAAGCCCCAAGGUUGCAACGGGUGGUCGAUCGAUCUCAGUGGUCAAGUACGGAGCCGCCUCGAUUUCACAGAGGCUACGGCAGCUUUCGUUACGCCUCUAAGAGGCCGGCUCUCUGGGGGUCCAAUUCCCUCACUCUCCCCACGGCUCCGACAGUGAACCGCUUUCAUAUGAACAAACAAACUUUGCGCUACGCCCACUCCGAGGUGCUGCGGAUGCCGAGGUUCGCAGGCCUGUCGGCUGUCACGCAGCUCCCCGGUAAACCCGUGCACGAGAACAAUGGCGCGGAUGACACGGAUGACGUGUUUUUACCCAACACCCCGCACAACGCUCCUGGGGACAGAAACAGGAUGGAGUUAGAGAAGCACACCCUUCGGAGGACCCUCUGCAAGCUGAGAGAGGGGGGUUUGGGUGCUCAAGAACAAUCGGAGAACGUGUCCUGGCAGAGCCGCGUACGGAAGCCGAGCCUGGAGUUUGUUGCAGGAAGACGACCCUCCCAGCCUGGAUCGCUCAUCAGCAUGGAGGAGCAGUCUGGGAGUUUGAGGAGGAUAGAGAAGCUGGAAGUCAGUCAACAUGCAACGACAGCAUCGGCAAAGAAGGGCAGACAGGCUGAACUUGGUCCAGAGAUGACACUAAAAGAGGCUGUAAAUCUGCUUGCACAAGAUAACAUAGAAGCACAAAUCACUGCGGCUAACUUUAUACAGAAUCAGUGCUUUAACAGUCCAGACGCCAAGAAAAAGGUACUUUAUCUUCAAGGCACCCCAAAGCUGCUGAAGCUAAUGCAGAGCGAGAGCGAGGAGCUCCAACGGGCCGCUGUCGGCGCGCUCCGAAAUAUUGUUUUCGAAAACAAUGAGAACAAAAUGGAAGUCAAAGACUGCGAGGGCCUUCCAGUGAUCCUGAGACUGCUCAAGAAGAACCGAGACAUCGAGACCCGACGGCAGCUCACCGGGCUGCUGUGGAAUCUGUCUUCUCACGACCUCUUGAAAGAGCAGCUCGCUAGAGAUGCGGCCAGACCUCUCACAGAUAGCGUGCUGGUGCCCUGCUCAGGCAUUUCUGAAGGGGAAGACCCCAAGUUGGAGCUCCUUGCUGACCCUGACAUUUUCUACAAUGCUACCGGCUGCCUGAGAAAUCUGAGUUCAGCUGGUCCAGAUGGACGCAAAGCCAUGCGAGACUGUGAGGGUCUAAUUGAGAGCAUCAUCUAUUACAUCCGCGGCAGCAUUGCAGACUACAAACCUGAUGAUAAGGCCACAGAAAACUGCGUGUGCAUCCUGCACAAUCUUACUUAUCGGUUUGACUGCGAGAUGCCUCGUGUGGAUUCCCCGGUGGUACAACAGCCCAAACAAAAUCACAAUACAGAAGCUAGUAACCCUGGCUGCUUCGUCCUCAACAGUCCCAAAAACUCUGAGGAGGAAGCGUAUGGAGACUAUCCCUUACUGGAGGAGAACGGCAGCCCUCAGGGUGUGGAGUGGCUCUGGAGCGCCAUCACCAUCCGCAUGUACCUCUCUCUCAUUGCCGUCAGCACGAACCGGCACACCAAGGAGGCGUCCAUCGGAGCUCUGCAGAACCUCACCGCCUGCUCCGGAGAGACGUCCCAAGCCAUCGCGCACUUCAUCGUGCGAAGAGAGGUGGUCCUAUCUCAGGUGAAGAAGAGUCUGCAAGCAGGAGAGAAGGAAGAGGUCAGAAUAUCUGUGUCACUGCUAAAAAACAUCUCUCGUUACCGAGAACUGCAUGCAGAUAUCGUUAACCAGGUGUUACCGGAGCUGGUUGCCAUCCUGCCAAAGUCUGACCAAAGCGUUGAGCAGCCAACGGAGGUCACUGUGACGAUCUGUCACAUUCUCGUCAAUCUGAGCCAUGCCUCUGUAGCUAACACUUGUGCCAUCAUAAACCAAGGAGCGUUGCCCAAGAUCAUCGGCAUCAGCACUGAAGACAACGGGUUUGGACCCACACGAGCGGGCCAGGCGGCUUGUAUCUUACUUCACACCCUAUGGAGGCAUUCGGAGCUGCAUAGCCGUUACAAAAAGGCUGGUUACAGGAAAGCUGACUUCAUAAACAGCAGGACCGUGACAGCUGUGAAUUCAGUUCGUGAUUAAUGGGAUCCAGAAAUCUACUGCAAACAACAAGACUAACAUGUUUUUUUUAGGAAAUAU